CGGCCUUCUCGCUCUGUUGCACGGCCGCACUGACAAUCUCGGCCUCCUUAACUCUGCUCAAGCAUCCAUCACCGCUCCUUGGCGUAGCUGUGAUCGAUUCAGCCAUGACGAACGCUAGCUGCCACCAUCGCGGUCUGCCUUUCCUACAUCGGAACUGGCUCAAGACCACGAACUACUGGGACCCUAAGAUGGCCAUUACGUCUUCGUCAGAGUCACGCGACGCCGGCGACAAGCCUGCUGACAACGACCAUCCGUCGAAUCGCCCAGCAAAGCGUCGCCGCAUCGACAAUGACUACGAUGGCUUCCCGCUGUUCGAGAAUUACGCUACCGCCCAACGCGCCCUUCGCAUUGAGGUUCUGAAGAUCAGCCACAAGGACUCGCCCAGGGUGAAGAACGGCAUCCUCAAUGGCGUCAUUCCCCCAAACAUCCGCGAUGUUGUCCAGAUCAAGGCCCGUUGCAAGCUCACCAUAUGCGGUCACAAGGGCGGCGAGCCCGUCGUCCUCCACGUUGACAGCCAAGUCUGCGACAUCCGCAUCUUCAAGAACCCGGCUGGCUCGUCUCCCAUGGCACGUUUCUCUUCUAUCACGCCUUUCCACAUCCCCGAGGAGAAGAUCUACCUUGAACGCGACGAUGAUGCCAUCUUCGGACUGGCCAAAUGCUACUCAGUGCUCGUCGAGUUGGAGUCUGCCGGCGAUGCCAACUGGCCGCCGACCGACCUGGUCCCCAUCAGCGAUGAGGACACCUUCUAUAGCCGGGGUCUCCCGUCACGGCAAUGGGUGCUCACCGCCAACAUCGCUGAUCUCUUCAGCAGCCGCAACCGCAAGUCGGUCCGCUUGCGCGUCAAGAAACACCCUCUGGGAGAUGUCGCCACCAACUUUAUCAUGGACAUGGAUGUGCGCUGGCUAACAGCCAUUUCGAGCCAGCAGAAGGCGAGGGAGCAUUCUAAGGACAUCCUGCCCUCUAUCUCUGUCUAUGACCCAAAUCAGCCCGUUGUGCCUGUUGUUAACGGCAACAUCAAGUCCGCCAUCGUCAAUGGAGUGAAUGGGCAUCACCGUGAGCUUCUGGUCAAUGGCGAAGGCGACAUCACGCUAAAUGGGCAGUCAAAUGGCACGGUCGUUGACCCGGUCGAAGAGUUGGCUGAGGGCGAGCUAACCCCCGGUCGCUCGCGGCGGACGAGGCAGGACAUCAACUACAACGUCAAGCAGAUGUGGAACAAGCAAGUCGGAAGGGAGACCAGGAAGCGGCGGAAGCUUGGUGACGAACAUGGCCAGGUGGACGAGCAUACUAUUACGUAUCUGCUCCCUCCAGAACAGGUCCAGACAGACAAGUUUGCCUGCCUGCUGUGUGGCGCUGAGAACGACAGACUCAGUCAGCUGCGUGCCCACUACCAGUGCCACCCGCAGUAUGAUUUCCACUUUGAAUUCAAGCCCAAAGUUGGAUACUGCGUCACUGUAAAGCCCAAUGCCAACAGUCUAGGGUCUCCGCUGAGACCUAGGGUGUACCAGCUGGGUCUGCCGGUGAAGCCCCUUGACCUGGACAAGUACGUCAACGGAGACGACUCCUGGGUCACCUCCCGCCUUGGCCCGGAUGACGGCCGUGAAGUAUUUCAGGAAACCGCUCCCAAGGCGGCUCGGACCAAACCAACCGCAAAGCGGACCCGGAAGAAGGUCCUCGUCCCCAAGACCAAGACUCCCCUGUUCGACCCCCUCAGCAAAGCCCAACUACAACCGGGCACCCCGGUACCCCAGCACGCCAUCGACGACUCGUGGUUGCUCCUCAAGCAUCGCGACAACCUGCAAGAUUUCAUCGACCUCAACGCCGAGGAAAAGGAGUACCAGCAGGAGUGGGACGCCUUCAUCCUGCCGAAACACAUCUCGUCGGAGCAGUAUCUGCCCCGCCACUUUUUGCGCUUUGUCCGCGACAAGGCCGCCUGGCUCGUGGCCAAGCCGUCCCGCGCCGACGAGUUCAGCAAGCACGUGGCCACGCUCCUGGCCCGCAGGGUGCUUCCCGAGUCCGUCAUCCACGAGGCCACGCAGCUGCUGAACGACGCGCGCGCUCGCCGGGUCGCCAGGGGCGAGGGGCAUGGGCAUGGGCAGCGGCGGCAGCAGGAGGUUGGGGAGACGGAGGACGAGGAGUCAGCCCUACAUGUUAGGACCAAGGCUACGGGCGGCUGCUGUGCCGAGUGUGGGCGGCCUGUGCCCGUACCGGCUAUGCUGGUGUGCGCUAAUUUGGAAUGCAAGAAUCGCCUCUAUCACGACGCUUGCGUGGAGAAUACCGACGAGGCGGUGGCUAGGAGGGAACAGUGGAAGUGCAAGGCGUGUGUGUAGGCUGGGUUUGGAGGAUUGCAGAGAUACGAUGGGAACGCGGGGGCAAGCGAACAUGAGGCAGAUGUGGCGUGAGAAAGAGGUUUAAUUAGGUGGGCAGUGGAUUCGAGAUACUUGAGGUAGUAACGGGGGGAGGUAUGGGGCGGAGAUGGC